UAUUAUUUUAAAAAAUAAAUAAAAUUGAAAAUGUUUGUACAAAAAUACAUUAAUUUGAUAGCUUUAAUAGUGGUUACAUUUUUGGUAUUUAAAUAUGUGGAUGGAGCAUAUGAGUUGUUUCGUAAAAAUGAGGAAUUUAUUGUGACGAAGGGAAAUCUUCUUAAAACAUUUCCGAUUUUUCCUAUAGAAUACAAAGUAACUUUUGAAGUUUUGAUAAGCUCAAUUUCUGAUGUAGACAGUCAAUGUUCUUGUGUAAACUUGUUUCGAUUUACCAAUGGUAGUGAUGAUUUAAAACGUUACGGAAAUAGAAUUUUAUCUUUGUAUAUUACGUCGCCUGUACUAAGAGUUUUUCAUUAUUUUUCUAUUAAUGGUAUCAUAGAUGAAGCAGAUAAUAGUUUGUUAAACACAGGAUGGAAAAAAUUUAAUUUCAGUCAAUUUUUUAUUGAUGGUGACUAUAAAUUUACUUUAAACAUUGACGGUCAAACAAUCUUAUCAAAAAAAAACGAUGAUGCAAGAGUGUUUUAUAAUGUGGGCGUAUUUUUUUCUGAUCCUUUUUAUGUUCCGCUACCUGCACGCGUCAGAAACUUUUUAGUAACAAAAGGAUGUUCAGAUGUCAACUCGUACUGCAAACCUAACUUAAAUGUGCAAAUUAACUGGCUAAUGAUUGAAAAUGUUUUAAAUAUCAGCUUUCAAGUAACCUACAAUAACAUAGAAGAUUUAGCUUAUAACGUUCUCUGGGAAUAUUUUCUGCCACCUUUUGUAACGCUACAAUCUGAGAUUACACCAUUAGAUGCUGUAAAGUUUGAUGACAACAGCCUUAAAUAUAAGAUUUCAAAACUGCAAAGUAAUGGAACCAGUCAGAAUAUUACAGUACUAGUUAACAAUUAUAAGUGUUUUUAUGGUGACUCAUUCAAUAUUGAGAUUCCAUUCAAGUUAUAUUUUGAAAAUAGUGCCGCAUCAUCAUGGAAUUCAUUUCAAGUUAUAAGAAAUAGUUUAAAAGAAGACUGUAAAAGCUUUAGAUUGCCAAUUGAUCAAAAUCACGCAACAGAAUACUAUGGUCGAGGUUUAUACUGGGAUGACAUCAGUUCUCAAAUAUAUCUAUGUAUUAACCAAUAUGUUACAAG